AUGUCCUUCUUAGACGACGGCCUCGACCCACUUCCCACAGAAUUCGAUCCCGACCGCGUACCGGCCCCGCCCGCUUCGCCUCCGCGUCCACCAGCACCUCAGCCACAGGAGGAUGCGCCGGUGAUUCCUAGUGAUGAAGAGAGCAAAGUGCCCGAGGAAGAGGAGGAGGGGGGAUAUGCUGCCGAGGAGGACGAGGGAGAGGGAGGAAUGGAGUUGAUGGGGUAUCUGCAGGAUUUGAUUGAUGAUGGUGAAGAAGAGCAGCCGGAACAAGCGGGGCCCCCUGCAGAGCGUGAGGCGGCCCCCUCUUCACCCCUCUCCGACUUGCCAGAUCUCCCAGAUGAAAUCGACUUUCCUUUCAUUCGCCGGUCCCCUACUCCUCCAGCGUCGGUCUCCUCUGCAGCCCCCAGCGAGGCCAUUCCUCAUGCAGAGUCAUCUGCUAGUGCCGCCCAACGCGCUGCUACCCUUUCCCAGUCCGAAACUGCGCCUGCCGCCUCAAUGUCAAAUGACGCGACCCAGAGUGUCAACCCGAGUGCUGGCAUCAAACGGGCAAGAGCGCAGCUUGAUAUCAUAGCCACCUCUGAGAGCGUGCGUGGUAUCAACAGACCAAAGUCGAAUGGCUCGCAAAGCGCGACCGACACCGGAGACGAGGACCGUCAGAGCAAAAAGGCGAAAUCCGACAAGAAACCUCGGCACACCAAGAAAGCCUUGGACCCUACUGGUACCGGCCUCAAAGUCAAGGGUCCAGAAAAGGUGCCCACCAGAGCGAAGGUCAUCACCGAAGCGCAGAGGAAGAAGAUCCUCAAGGGACAGACAAUAGAGGUGCAAAUGUCGCCCUGUCAGAGACCGAUAUAUGCGGCUUGGGGCAAGUGUACGCAGUGUAUCUCGAAAGUGAGUGGGGAUAUGUGUCGAUUCAGGGAUUUCCGUGUCUUUCCUAUCGAUCCAGUGACCACCGCUAUCACGGGCCCAGGCUACUUUACCGACAACCCAUGGCCUCAACCCUUGACCCCUCUCCCAACCAAAUUUUCCUCUGAAUUCUCCCCAGCCAUUAUCAGCGCUACGGAACACACCGUCGCACCCAUUCUCCUCCCCCUCAUCACUUCCGAGUCGCGGCACAUCCACACCCACCCAGGCACUCUAUACCGCGGUAUUGACACGGCCAAACACCGAUCAGUCUGCGACUUUUGCUCGUCUACCAUCUUUGGUGGCUGGUGGUUCUGCAAGAGCUGUGGAAGGGAUUACUGUCUGGAGUGCGAGAGAUAUUUCCCGGAUAGUGUGGAGGGGAUGAAGGAGAGCCCUUGGCCGCUUGCGGAUGCCGCGAGGCCGAGAUUGUUGAAGUGCAUCGCUCAGCCUUCAAGAGCUACGCAAAAUGGGAAGGAUGCCGGGAAGGACGGAGGAAAGCCAGAAAAGAAGGGCAAGGAAUUGGCGUGGCAUGUGCGAGGUGAUCUGCAGGCGGUAUCGAGGUUUGAAAAAGAUGAGAUCAAAGAGCAUUGGUUGAGUCUGAGUGAAUAUGUGCUCGCUGGCAAAGAUUCCGACAAACUGGACUUGGCGGGAAAGCUAAGGGUGAUGGGGCUGAGAGGGGAUGGAGAGGCAACGGGGCUUGUCAAAGAGUGGAUAGAGAAGGCGGAAAAGGCCCCAGAACCUGAAAAGGAAAAGGGGCCUGAAGAAGAUGAAGAGGUCAGGGAUCUCGAUGAUAUCUUCAAAGAGAUGAACGAUGAUCCUCCUCGCCAACCGACACCCCCUCUAAUAUCACCUUCUGCUGCCAAACCUCCGAAAUAUGUCUACACCGAGACAUGCCACCCCGCUUCCCACGUCCUCGACCCCCUCACAUCCUCCGACCCCACCCCCGUCGCCCAUCCAGACCCCCCAGACCCCGCAGGCAUACCGAAUCUUCCCUACAUGUACCUCCCCGCCCCUAACCUUACCGACUCGCUAUUUGAUGAGCUCUGGGCAAAGGGCGAGCCGAUCAUCGUCGACGGCAUCGGCAGCCGGAUGGGCGAUUGGGGUCCCGACCGAUUUCGGGAAAUGUUUGGUUCGGAAAAGUGUUCAGUCGUCGACUGUCAAUCAGAUGAACCGCAAGAUUCCACUAUCGACGGGUUCUUUGCCAAAUUCGGGGAGGAAGGCGAGAAGAGGGGAAAGAAGAUCCUAAAGUUGAAAGACUGGCCCCCCGGAGAUGAGUUUGCGAAUACGCAUCCGACGCUCUAUCACGAUUUUUCACGGGCUUUGCCAGCGCCGGAUUGGACAAGGCGGGAUGGCGUUUCCAAUCUUUACUCUCAUUUCCCACCUGGACCGACUCGGCCUGAUAUAGGGCCCAAGAUGUAUGCUGCGUUUGCGGCGGACGAAGGGCCCGGCGGGUUUGGAUCGACGAGGUUGCAUAUGGACGUGGCAGAUGCCAUCAACGUCAUGCUGUAUGCGGCACCUUUUGUUGAAGAGGGGGUCCCUGAGGGUGAAUCUCCUACAGAAGGGGCAGAGAAGGAUCCACCUGGUCUUCCCGAGAAGGAAAAGGAGGAAAAGAUGAAGGGGUCAAAGAAGGAGACCAAGCCAGGCUGUGCCGUUUGGGACCUCUACCCCGCCUCAGCAGCCGACAAGAUCCGCGAUUUCCUCAAGUCCAAGUUUGACAAGACACAUAGCUUCAUCGAUCCCAUACAUUCGCAAAGGUUCUAUCUGGAUUCAGAUUUGAGGAAAGAGCUGUAUGAAAAGAAGGGAGUUUCAGGAUGGAGAGUAUGGCAGUAUCCUGGUCAAGCGGUGUUCAUACCAGCUGGAUGUGCGCACCAAGUCUGUAACCUCUCUGAUUCCAUCAAGAUAGCUAUCGAUUUUGUCUCUCCUCGUACGUCUCCUAUGUCUACUAACGGCGUAGCUGACAAUGUGGCAGACAACGUCCCUCGCUGCCAACGACUCACCCGUGACUUCCGCCGAGAGAAUUACAUGAAAGCUUGGAAAGAGGACGUCCUCCAGCUAUACAACGUUCUCUGGUUCGCCUGGAUGUCUUGUCGUGAAGCCCGUGUCCGUCGAGUCCAGGAAGAGAAGGAUCGCGAGGUGCGAGAAAAGGAGAGGGAGGAACGUUCACGGGGCUUGCGAGAUGGACUUUCUUCACAGAACCCUCGAUCCAGAGAGAGACCUGCGCCCUUCUCCGCAUGUCCCAGCUCCGGUCCUCUCAGUCCUGGCUUCGCAAUGGGUGGUAUGGGCAUGGGUAUAGGCUUGCGCGGAUGGGGUGAAGAUACCACCACCGCCUUCCGCCCCAACUUUAGCUCAGUACGCGACGAGCCUGUGCGGAGCGUAAACAUCAGCUCUGUGAGGGACGAACCGAUUUGGAACGGUAACACGAGCUCGGCGAGGGAUGAGCCUGUGAGAGGUGCGCUAGGGUUGGGUUUUGCAGGAGAGUCGAGUUUGAGGGGUGCUGCGCCGGUGAUCACGAGCGAGGUCAAUGGAAAGGAAGUGGAAGCUACUGCCACCCUCGCUUCUGCCCUGGGAGACAGAGUCGAUCCUCCAGCCUCUGCUACAGCGCCCAACACUUCAGAGAAAGCCACCCACGGGGAUGUCGUCUCGCAAGACGCCCCAGGGAAAGCAGCAAAACGCCAACUUGCCGAAAGUCUGUUCAACCUGACUCUCAAACACCAUGACCCGAACCCUGCCGAAGUCUUCCUUGCCUCGUCAGCAUACAUCAAGUCGCGAAAGGCUUUCGGGCUGGACCAGAUAGGCCAAGCCAAUGCUGGUCUCGGGAAGAAUGCUCCUGUGGGUGGUCCGGCGGCGACAAGAGCUACAAGGUCGCAGCCGGAUCAGCCACUCACUGCCCCUCUCAACGACUUGACUAGGAAAUCCUCCAUUCCAUCAUCCUCCACCCGUCCCCCCUCCCGGCCCAAGAGCAAGACGCCCAAAGCCAUACGUUCGGCUUAUGACGAUUUCCUCGCGCAGUCCAAGAAUGAAGGUCUUGGAGCAGACGAGGCGAAUCUGGCAGAGCUCGCAGGCCUUGGUGUAUGGGACAGGCUGAGAGACACUGGGGACAGGGGCAGCACGCCAAUCCUUACUGUUAACGGGAACAGCGAGUCAACCCCUCAAACGAUCCCUCUCGAUGCCCUCCUUCAGAAUCAAGUUCCCUCUGGCACUGCCGAGACGGCAAUGUCUGGCGAGGCGGCGGAGACGGAGACGGAAUUAGGGCUGGUCGCCGAGCAUGACGGAUAUGGAGAUGCGCCGGAUCUGGAUCUAGGGGAGCAAGAGAGGAUUGAUCUGAUGGCGCAGAUUCAGAGUCUCAAUGAGAAUGGCGAUGACGAUGACGAUAUUGAGAUGGAUGGGGAAGGGCCGUACUGA